CCUCCUCUGUCAGAGCCAGAGCUGCAAGAACAGCCAACAUGAUGCCUAAAGCACCUGCUCUGCUCUGCCUAGGGCUGAGUCUGCAGUUGGGGCUGCAGGGACCAGCAGGGACCCUCCCAAAACCCACGCUGUGGGCCGAGCCAAGCUCUGUGAUCCUCCUGGGGAGUUCUGUGAGCAUCUGGUGUCAGGGGAUCUUGGGGUCCCAGAAGUACCGUCUGUACAGAGAAGGAAGAUGGAAGACCUCGGCACUAUCAGUCAUACUCAACAAGGCCAAGUUCUUUAUCCAGUCCGUGAGAGGAGAUGAUGCUGGCCGUUAUCGUUGCUACUAUAGCAGCUCUACCCGCUUGUCACAGCAUAGUGAACCCCUGGAGCUGGUGGUGGCAGGAGUCUACAGCAAACCCAGCCUCUUAGCCCUUCCAGGCCCUGUGCUGACCUCAGGGGGGAAUGUGACCCUCCAGUGUGGCUCACAGAGAAAAUUUGACAGGUUCAUUCUGACUAAGGAAGGAAGAGAUACUCCUGCCUGGACCCAGAACUCACAACGUCUUCCCAACAGACUUUUCCAGGCUGUGUUCCACAUGGGCCCUGUGUUUCCCGAGCACAGCUGGACGUUCAGGUGCUACGGCUCUGACAGGAGUAAUCCCCAUGUGUGGUCCAUACCCAGUGACCCCGUGGAGCUCCUGGUCUCAGGGUCACCUGGUUCAAGUGCGCAAUCCCUACAAGACUCAUCUACAGGAGCCACUGAGGACUCCACACACACUCUUGGCCCCCAGCUCCCCAGCAGAAGAGUUCCAGGCUCUGUCCCCAGUGUCCUGCACCCAGGCUCCUUGGAGGCUCUCAGGCCAUCAUGGCUCUCUUUCCUGACUCAGCCCAGCUGGUGUCCAGAGACCGGGACUUCAAGUGCAGAUAUCAGUCCUGGACAAGGUCAGGGAAGGAACCUGAAUGUCCUGAUUUGGGUCUUGGUCGCCUUCUUCCUCCUGCUUGCACUCCUUGUGCUUUUGCGACUACAGCAUAAGAGUCCUCACAGGAAAGCAGGACCCAGCUCUGCUGCCACCUCCCCAGAGCACUUCAGCAGCCACCAGGCAGCUGACUCUGAAGGCCCUGAUGGAGUUAUUUAUGCCCAGCUGUCCAUCAGAGCAGGAGAAAUGUCACAGCACAAAAUGCUUGCACAUGGGGACCUCAGGAGGGACAGGAGCUUCCCCCAGGUGCACUCAUCUGAGGACCACGGGCAGCCUGGGCAUACUGCAUGAGACCCUGAGGGAUCCUAGAGUCACCUGAUCCUGCAUUCCAAGGGAGCUGCACCAACACAUCUGAGUAUUUACAAGUCAGCUUUAUAAAUAACCAAGCCUCUGCCAAGAAAAUAAAACAGUGAUCAAAUUUAUCAUCAGAUUAAUCAUAUCGCAACCUUAUAAAGCAUCUAUACCUUAGAGUGAAUGAAAGACUUAAAUAAACAAAUUGAAACAGAAAAUCACAAGAAAUUCAAUGAUUUACA